ACAAUGGCAGUGAAUUUUAUUUGGUACAACAUAUCUUUUAAAUCAUGUAAGCGUAGUUAUCGUAGAUGUGUAUACAGUCGGUGUUACCAAUGCCUCGUCCACUUGGAAAAUUAGGAAACUUUUUGUUCCACAUCACUCUUUACUUCAAACUAUUUUUUGUUCUUCACACAAUGACUAGAACCCGCGAAAUUAACAUCAAAAGAUUGCAGGAUUCUGAAGGAACAGAGCAAGAAAUAAAAAAAAUGAAACUGAGUACUAUGUUUUAUUUAAAGCAGCUUGGCUUCAACCAGUAUGACAUUUCGACCCUGAUUGACUUGAAGCACACAAGUGUGCAAGCCGCUACCAAUAGAGUGACUUCCACUGGCACAAAUUUGACAGAAAAGAGCACAGGUUAGCCCUUUACAUCCGAUGAAUACACUCGAUGACAUUUGGAACGGGUAAUCAGAAGUGAUCCGUCCCAAACGAUUGGCACUCCAGAGACGAAUUCCGCCUAAUAGACAAAGAUGUUUGUCGCUCCACUGUGAAGAAGUGGAUAAA